CCAGCCCGCCCCCGGCCCGGGGUGCGAAUCCAUUGCCGGCUAGCGGCUGGCGAUGCUGGAGGUUCGCGAGCUGAAGCGGCUGCAGCUGGCGCCGCGUCUGCCCCGCGUGCCCCAAGCGGAUUCUACCCGCCACUCUCGGAGCCCUCGGCGCCCUGCUGAGUCCGCGAUCGUUUCCCCUCUGUGACCAACCAGAGCUGCAGCUUAGAGCCUGGCAAUGCCGUUUGGGUGUGUGACUCUGGGUGACAAGAAGAACUAUAACCAGCCAUCGGAGGUGACUGACAGAUAUGAUUUGGGACAGGUCAUCAAGACUGAGGAGUUCUGUGAAAUCUUUCGGGCCAAGGACAAGACUACAGGCAAGCUGCACACUUGCAAGAAGUUUCAGAAGCGGGAUGGCCGCAAGGUGCGGAAGGCAGCCAAGAAUGAGAUCGGCAUCCUCAAGAUGGUGAAGCAUCCCAACAUCCUGCAGCUGGUAGAUGUAUUUGUGACCCGCAAAGAAUACUUCAUCUUCCUGGAGCUGGCCACGGGGAGGGAGGUGUUUGACUGGAUCCUGGACCAGGGCUACUACUCGGAACGAGACACGAGCAAUGUGGUGCGGCAGGUCCUGGAGGCUGUGGCCUACUUGCACUCACUCAAGAUUGUGCACAGGAACCUCAAGCUGGAGAACCUGGUUUACUACAACCGGCUGAAGAACUCCAAGAUUGUCAUCAGCGACUUCCACCUGGCUAAGCUAGAGAAUGGCCUCAUCAAGGAGCCUUGUGGGACCCCUGAGUAUCUAGCCCCGGAGGUGGUAGGCCGGCAACGGUAUGGACGCCCUGUGGACUGCUGGGCCAUUGGUGUCAUCAUGUAUAUCCUGCUUUCAGGUAACCCACCCUUCUAUGAGGAGGUAGAAGAAGAUGACUAUGAGAACCAUGAUAAGAAUCUGUUCCGGAAGAUCCUGGCUGGCGACUAUGAGUUUGACUCUCCAUACUGGGAUGAUAUUUCUCAAGCAGCCAAAGACCUGGUCACAAGGCUGAUGGAGGUGGAGCAAGACCAGCGGAUCACUGCAGAAGAGGCCAUCUCCCAUGAAUGGAUUUCUGGCAAUGCUGCUUCUGAUAAGAACAUCAAGGAUGGUGUUUGUGCCCAGAUUGAAAAGAACUUUGCCAGGGCCAAGUGGAAGAAAGCUGUCCGAGUGACCACCCUCAUGAAACGGCUCCGGGCACCAGAGCAAUCUGGCACAGCUGCAGUGCAGUCUGGCUCAGCCACAGACACUGCCAUCCCUGGGGCUGCAGGUGGGGCUGCAGCUGCAAGUGGAUCUGCCACAGAGGGUGAUGCUGCAUGUGCUACCAAGAGUGAAAAUGUGGCCUCUGCAGACCGUAGUGCCACCCCAGCCACAGAUGGCAGCACCACUCCAGCCACUGAUGGGAGUGUCACCCCAGCCACUGAUGGGAGCAUCACCCCAGCCACUGAUGGCAGUGUCACCCCAGCCACUGACAGAAGCGCUACUCCAGCCACAGAUGGGAGAGCCACACCAGCCACAGAAGAGAGCAUGGUGCCCACCACCCAAAGCAGUGUCACACCAGCUGCCAAGGCAGCUGCCACCCCUGAGCCGGCUAUGGCCCAGCCGGACAGCACAACCCUAGAGGGUGCCACAGGCCAGGCUGUACCCUCUAGUAAAGAAGGGGCUACUGGCUAUGCCCAGGAGUCUCGAAGAGAGGAGACCAGCUGAGUGGGCAGCCUGGUGGGGGAUGGGGGGCGGGCAGGAGGGUGGGAGAGUGAAUGAGGGGCUUUUCAUUGUACAUAGAGUCACUGGCAUGAUGCCCUUGCUCCCCCAAGCUCCCCAUCCUAGUGGGGCAUUCCUGGGGGCCACGGGAGAGCAGUCUUGUCUCCUGUGUGUAUGUGCGAGUGGUGGGCAGGCCAGAGGCAGGGCCAGCCCCAACCCCUGCAUGGAUACCUUGUGGCUUUUCUGUCUGUUGCUACCUUCACGAAUUUUUGUUCCUUGUGGGAUGCUGCUCUAGGGAUCUCAGGGGGUCCCUGCUCUCUUUCUCCUUCCCUUCCUGCCUCAUCAUUCACCCAGGCAGGCCCUGCAGGUUCCAUACUUUCCCAGGCCCUAAAUUGAGUGGCCUUGCCCUGAGAGCUGGUCCUCCAGCGAGGCCCUGUCAGUGGUGUUAGGCUCCUACAUAUGAAGGUGUGUACCUGUGGUAUGUGGGCUGCUUUAGGAGUAGACGCUGGCUAGUACAGAGUAUCCAAAAAUCUAGGGCAGUUUUCUUUAAAUCAAGAUUGGUCAUGUGUUGGCUGGGGGCACUAAAUGCUAGCUGUGGGGGUCCUUAGAAAUAUGAGCGAUGAUAAGAGAAUGAGUAGGAGGGUAGAAGCUUCCAUCUUUGUCCCUGGGAAGGCCCUCCUGAGACGCUUGUGUUAUUUCUUGCCCUCUUGAGUCCUGCAGUGGGUUGCCCUGAACCUCUUGGGCCUCUACGGGAAAGGAGAAGCAAUUAGGAUGUGGCAAUGAGACCUCGUAGAACAUAGUACAGGACUAGCACCCAGUGCCCCAGCCUAGCUGGAUCCUUACCAUGGGCUAAACAGGGAGGGCUGAUGUCCCCAUUCUCUUUCUGUAUGCUAACCCUGCACAGGCUCAGCCCAUAAAUCUUCUCUAUCCCAGGGGGGCUGCUGAUUGGUAAUCCUUAGUAUGAUCUGGGGGUUUGCCCUUCAGAGGGGUGGAUUUUCUGCUCUCAGUUUAACAAGAACAUGGAGAAGAUCCUUCUCUGUUUUUACUCUUGCUACUGUUAGAGGCCUAGGAGCCUCUGAGCCAUGUUAAGUUGCUCUUGCUGGGAUGAAGAAGUAUAAGACUCCCUAGUACCCUGAGGGAGGUUCCUGACAGGUGCCCUUUGUCAGACACUACCACAGCCUGGACAGGCAACCAUACUGGUCCUCGCCCUUGCUUGGCAUUCCAUGGUGGUCCUGCCGUUCUCCUUGCAUGCCUGUGGGUCUGCUCUGGUACGUGAAGGUUGGUGGGCUAAUUGUGUGCCUGCUGAACCUGGCAAAUAAACGUCACCCUGCAAAGCC